GUUUAUGUAUACUCUUAAUUCACUUUUGUCGUACAUUCAUUCAGAUUAUUUUGGUGUGGUUUUGUGUGUUAGUCUGUAAGAAAAUCUUUGUUUAAAAAAUGUUUGCUGCACUCUUUGCUUUUGUGCUCGUGACAGUAUAUGCUGCGGAAGAACUACCUUCCUACAUUCACGUGUGUGGUCUCAAUAAUCCCAAUUAUGGUCAGUGCAUCGUGGACAACAUCAAUAACAUAAAUAAUAAAAUUUGCACGGGAAUGCCGGAACUUAACGUUCCUCCGCUUGAACCAAUAAAUAUCGACGAAUUAGUUAUUUAUAACACUGACAAUCUUAAAUUAAGUGUCAAAGAAUCGAAAAUAACAGGAUUCUGUAAUUUCGUUAUAAAUUCUUUACAAGUAUCCUCUGAUAAGCAUCACUUCGACUUAGAUGUUACAUUCAAACAUCUUGAUAUGGAGUCUGUGUACGAUUUUGACAUGCAUGUAUUGGUACCACUUGCUAAUAAGGGAAUGGUUCACGUUUCUGCAGAUAACUUAGAAGCGAAAAUAAUUUUAGACCUUAAAGUGGAAACUAAGAACGGUAAAACGGAAAUAUAUAUAUCAAAAGUAAAAACUAUUCUCGACGUUAAAACGUUCAAAUAUGUAUUUGAUGACAGCGAGAAGGAUUUGGUUCAACUACAUGAAGCUCUUAGUAAUGUUGUAAACGAGAACGAAAAGGAUAUUAUCAUUAAAGUUAAGCCGGCAUUGGAAGAGGCGGUUUCCAAAUUGAUUAUUACAGUUGUUAACAAUAUAUUCCGUAACAGAUAUGAGCAAUUGUUUCCCAACGAAGCAUAAUGUGAGAUUUAUUGUCGCAAAGAGUCACUGUAUGCAUCUAUAAUACGUCCGAUAAAA